AUGACUCAAACUACUGGAUCUGACCCCAAGAUUGUAGAACGCAAAAAAUUUGUAGUUUGCCUCGUUAUUCAAAUGCAUGUACAUGCUCUUAGUGUUGGUCAAAUUUUGAGGGAUAUUGAUACGGAUUUACGUUUUAUGGCCCUCAAUGACUUGAUAGUUGCCAUACAGUGUGAUAAACUUGAAGAUAACUUUUUCACCGGCGAUGUUGUUGACUCGGUUUUGCAACUUUUGGAUGAUAGUAAUAGUGAAGUACGAACUAAGGCCCUCAAUGCCGCAUGUGAAAUAUUCCCUAACACAAAAUGCUCAUUGGCCGAAGAUAUCGUUAAGGUUUUCUUAGAAGGCAUGCUGAGUGGAGAAACAAGUGUAUCAUACGGCAUUGGUCUAAAAUGCAUUAUCAAUUCCGUACCAAGACUUUCUUCUCAACAUGUUAAUAUUUUCGUCUCAACUUGCCUUCCACAUCUUAUUCAAGCAGUUAAAACUGAUAAAAAGGAUAUUCAAAUUGAAGCUUGCGAAAUUUUGGCAGAUACAAUGUCGAAAUUUGGCGACCAAGUGGGCCCUAAACGGAAUGAAAUUAUUGACUGUAUGUUCGGCGCUAUGAACGGUGACCAGCCCGCUUUGCGUAGGCGUGCAGCUCAUUUGGUGAUUGGCUUCCUAAACAAUGAUGAAGUUCAAACGGCGGUUUUGAAUUUUGUCCGCAAACGUGUCAACCGAAUUAUGGGCAACACCUCUUCUGAUAUGUACCCAUUAACCAUCUCUUAUGUGAAAAUUACGCUUAUCUGCCUUAAUGGUCUAUCCCACAACGCAGAGCGUUUGGCUUCCAAAGCCUCGGAUAUUCUCUCUGAUUUUCUUAUCGGUUUCCUCCUUGAUACCAACAUCAACGAGACACUAAUGCCUCGAUUGAAUCCGGAAUUUGGCGAUUCAGACCCCGAUGACGCUGUAAAUGACUUCAAGGAAAUAGGCCUUCAAUGUCUGGAGAAUCUAUUCAAUGCUCGUCAGCGUACCGCCUUCCAGUCAUCCCACCUGUCUCGCUUUUUGGACCCCCACCUCAAUAAGGUUAGCGGCUACUAG